AUGGUCUGGCAAGACGUCUGGGAUGCUGGUGUCAAAUUACCACCGGAAGUAGUUAUCGAGAUUUGGAAGAAUACUUCAUUGGUGUCUGAAGCUCAAUCGUGGUCUACUUACUUAUCAAAAGCAAUUCAUGAAGGAUAUGAGGUUAUUCUUGCCGCUCCAUUCAACCUUAGCAUGCUCUCCUACAGAAAAUGGAGUGCAUCAGAUUCAAUCAUCGAUUCUGAAUUUUACAAAUGGUACAAUAUUGAUUUAUUUACCGAUUUUAUUGGUAAUGAGACUAUUCGAGAAAGGCUAAUUGGUGGUGAAGCAAUCCUUGAUGAAAAAUCAGUUGAUGCAACUAAUAGCUUGAAACGUUUUUGGCCCCGAGCAGCGGUGGUAGCUGAAAAAUUAUGGAGUGUAUCGAACAUGAACACUAUGGAAGAUCCUCUUGCUCGAUUCUAUGUUCAUGGAUCUCGAAUACACGAGUUACUGAAGUCUUAA